AUGACUAUCAACGUCGGCAUCGUUGGCUUGUCCGCUGGGGGCGGUUGGGCUGCCACAGCCCACCUACCCUAUCUGCAGCAGUCCGAUAAAUAUACAAUAACUGCUGUUUGCAACUCGUCUACCGAUACCAGCAGAAAGGCCAUUGAGAAGUACGGUCUUGAUUCUGCCGACGCUUUCAGCGACGUCACAACGAUGUGUACCUCACAGAAAGUUGAUCUGGUGGUCUGUGCUGUUGCGGUUUUCUCGCACUAUGAGCUCAUCAAACCUGCAAUCGAAGCUGGCAAGGAUGUUUACGUUGAAUGGCCACUGUGUGCUACGACGAAGGAGGCCGAAGAAAUCCAACAGCUGGCUAAGAAAAAGGGUGUUCGGACUAUCAUUGGUCUCCAAGGCUGUGUUUCGCACGUGCUGACCACUCUGGAAGACAUUAUCAAGAGUGGCAAGAUUGGCACCCCGUUGGUUACUCAUAUCUCGGGCAGCGCAGGCACCGGAGAGACAGGAACACGUCUUGCAGAGCGUUAUCAAUACUUUAAGGACCGUGAUAUCGAAGGCGUUACAGGCCAGGUCAUGUUGAGCAUCUACAUCGGGCAUACUCUUGAGCCUCUGAUUCGUCUUCUGGGCCAGCCGACUGAAGUGUCUGCCCAGUUGAAGACGACAUGGCCUAUCGUGGACGUAUUCUCAGCCGACAACAAACUCCUUGCGAGCGGUGUUAAGAAAACUGCAGACGACUAUGCCUCUUUACAGGGCACUCUCGCAUCAGGUGUCAAGUACGCGUAUAACAUACGUGGCGGAGAAGCUUUUGAUGAUGGUGAGGGCCUGGUUUGGGACAUUAUUGGCGACAAAGGCCAGAUUCGGCUCAAUGGAAGCUCUAUCAUGUUGAAUCUUGGCGCAACCGAUUUCAAGAUUCGAGUCAAGGAUUAUGAGUCCAACCGUAUCGAAGUUGCAAAGCUGCACCAGCAUCUGGACCUUCCGUUGGCUGCCCAGAACGUUGGAAGGCUUUACGAGAAUUUUGCUGAUGGGAAGACUGUUCCUACUUUCGAUGACGCUGUCAGACUGCAUCAGUUUUUGGAUGCAAUCUUUCUUUCUGCGAGUAAAGGCGGCACUCAAGAGUUUCUCUCGAACAAUUAA